AGUUUAGAAAGUAAAAAUUAAAUAAACAACAUUAGCGGCUUUUCUUUUUAGCGGCUAUUUUGGUAAACUAUUUGCGAUAAACUAAAAAUUUUCAUACACAAAAUUCAUAUAAAAGGUUGAAAUUUAAGAAGACAGUAAUAAUUGUAGUAAUAACAACAAAAAUACGUUGAUCUAAAUACAAUAAUAUACUUACAUACUAUUGAAAUUCAAAAGGAAUAUCCCAGAAUUUAAUUAAAUCUACGUUCUGAUACAUGAAAAUAAAUAAAGAGUGAUGCAAAUUCUAUUUAAACGUUUUUAACAUUGUGGAAUGGAAAAAUACUGAGCUUUAUUACAACUAUUUGAUUUCUCAUAUUACAAUAAUAAUAAAAACAGCAUUAUAAAUAUUUAUAAACUUUAAUAAUAUAAAUUGGAUAUAAAAAAGAAAAAUAUUUGAAUUAUAAAAGGUGGCUGCUUACAUAUUUGAAAUAUAGAAAUGACAAUUUAAAAAUUGAAUUGAAAAUUCAGUUAAAUAAAAUUUAAUUUAUUACAAUUAAAAAUUAUAAUAAAAAUUAAAUUCAAACGAAAAAAAUAAAGCAAUUUAGUGAUUUAAUAAAAAUUAACAUAAAAAUAAAGAAAAAGAACUAAGUAUAAACUUUAAAAUUAAAAAAAAUAAUUAAAAAUUAAUUAAUAUAAAUUUUAAUGAUCAUUUAAUAAACAAUAAAUAUUUUAAUAAAAUUUAAAAAAAAACACACACACAUAAUAUAAAAAUGCCAAAAGAAAGUGAUUUUUAUUUAAGUGGUAAUCCACCAAAUACAGCAACAGCAACACCACCUUUUUGUAAUUGUGAAUUUCCACGUAAUAUUGAUGUUUUAAAUAAUAAAAAUAUUCAUGAUUUAUAUAAUUGUAAAUGUAUUGAAAAUGGUUAUUUAAAUAAAUAUAAAGAAUGGAUAUGGGAUAAAAAUGUUACUGAUUCUGAUACAUAUAUUAAUGGUCCUGAUAUUACAUUUCAUCCAAUAUAUAGUCAAGGUACAUCAUUUGUAAGAGGUGAAAAAAUUUUAAAACCAAAUUAUAUACAUUAUUGGGAAAUGCAAAUAAUAACAACACCAUCUGGUACAGAUGAAAUGUUUGGUAUUGGUACAGAUAAAAUUGAUUUAAAUAAAUAUAAAUAUCGUUUUGUAAGCGGUUUAGGUAGAACAAAUCAAUCAUGGGGUUUUUCAUAUCGUGGCCUUAAAACACAUAAAGGAAUUGCAUUAAAUUAUGGUAAAACAAUAACACAAGGUUGUAUUGUUGGUAUUUAUUUAGAUUUAUAUCGUGGUCAUUUAGAAUUUUAUUUAAAUCGUAAACCACUUGGUAUUGCAUUUACAAAUAUACCAAAAGAUAUUAAUUUAUAUCCAAUGGUAUGUUCAACAUCAUCACGUUGUGCAAUUAGAUUAAUUAAUUCAAUAUCACAACCGGUUACAUUACAAUUUUUGGCAAUGCAUAAAAUAUCAAAAAGAUCAGAUUUAUUAGAUGAAUUAAAAAAAAUGCCUGGUUUAAAACCGAUAUUAAAUGAAUAUUGGUUUUUGAUACCAAUAACAGAUGAAAAAUUACCAAGAAAUCGUUUAAAGAAAUUUGAAUUUUCAUUAUUGGGUGAUGAAUAUAGAAUAUUUGCAAAUAAAAGAACAAAAAAAUCAAAAUUAAGAAAAGAAUAUGAUGAUGAUUUAGAUAUUAAGGACACAUAUACAAAAGUUAAAAUACCGAAAUCAAUAAAGGAACAAGAUGAUGGCGAUGAUGAACUUAAUAAAAAUAAAAUAGCAUCACUUUGUUAAUAAUAAAAGUUGAAUGAAAUAUUUUAAUUUUACGAUAUUAUGACUGUAAAUUUAUUUUUUUGUUAUUUUUAAUUUUUUCAUAAUUACAUUUUGUUAUCAUUUACA